GCACCACGGCGUAACUGUUCAUGACGAUUAGGAAGUGAAUGUAUCAGCUAGCAUUUUGCUCUAAACACCUGAGUUACAUAACUGACACCGUGGUCAAUAAGAAACAUCUUUUGAAGAGUGCAGUAUGGAUUCUCCUGGGCAAUCCAAGAGGCUAAAUCGAGAGGCAAACCGUGCCCAGACUAAGUCAAAUGCCCCCCUUCAGAAAGAUGCCUAUGCCAGACUUCUUAGUCAGCAUCGCAGCAGCAAAUUCAGCCAGUAUCUGGAACAAUAUGCAAAGGACCCUUUGGAUCAAAGGGAAUGCAUUGUGCCAAACAUAGUGCCCAAAACCCAGAGUGACAGACUGAACAUACCAUAUCGAAGAAGGGAUCAAGUGCCUAAUGAUUUCUCUGAUUCAAGUGACUUCUCUCCGUCUUCCCUGAAAAUGAGAGGAGAAGAGAGCUCACUGUCUUUGUACAUGGAGAAACGAAGCAUUCGUAAUGCGCAGCAGGACUGUGAAAGGAAACAGGGAGUGUCUGACAGGCAGCGACGGGGGCAGAGGAGAGAUACCACCACCAGUCACGAUGGGGACAUUGAAUCUGGAGAGGAGCUCAUCGCUUUAAAACCGAAUGACUCCAAGAAACACCAGAAGCAGCACAAGAAAAACAAAGAUAACAGAGAGAUCGUCUCGAAUGAAAAUGACCCAGCUGCUGGAUGCCUAGAGUGUCCAAACAAAACAAGUAUAAGUCAACAGGAACAAGACAAAAUGAAGAAGUCUAAGAAAAAGAAUACAGUAAACCACGCUGAGGACAAGAAAAACAAAGACGGGAUGGUAAAAUCUGGAGUCGAUCCUCAGCUGUCAAAAAACGAGCCUCCUCAAAAGCUUCAGCAAAAUCAAGGUUCAAGUGCCUGUUCUCCUGCUGACAAGAGUAAGAACAAAGGUGGCAGAGGAUCAAAAAAACAAGUGUUUGAACCCUACAUGACGCUUGAGGAAGUUUCCCAUGGCCUCAAAAGAGGAGAGCUCAUCCAGGGUACAUUAAGAAUCAACCCCAAGAAGUACCAUGAAGCUUUCAUCCCAUCCCCUGAUGACACAUGGGAUAUAUUUCUAGAUGGGAUUGUAGCUCGCAACAGGGCUCUGAAUGGAGAUUCUGUGGUGGUGCAAAUCCUACCUCGAGAGCAGUGGAAGGUUGUGAGGUCAGACACAGACUGUGAGGGUGCCAGUGAGUCAGAGAUCCAGAGGGACCACAUGGCUGUAAAAGCACAAAAGAAACCUGAGCAGCUCUCCAGACCUGAUGGUACUGUGGAGGACCAGAGCAGUGAUCAGGACGAGCUUAUCAGCAAACCUCGGAGAGUCACAAACACAGACCCAUCAACCACAGGGCCCAACGGAGAAAGGCUCCAGAAGACCGCUAAAGUGGUGUAUAUUGAAGAAAAGAAACACUCCAGAGCUGCGACAGGAUUCUUGAAAUUCCUGCCUGACAAACGUUUUGCCAUGUUCUCCCCCGUCGACCACCGGGUGCCACGGAUUAAUGUUCCCCUCACUGACUGUCCUCAAGACUUCAGUUCCCGUCCAGGCGACUACACCAACACCUUGUUCAUCUGUCGUAUCACCAACUGGGCAGUCGACAACAACUUCGCAGAAGGUCGACUUGUAAAGACGCUUGGUCAAGCUGGGGAAAUCGAACCAGAGACGGAAGGCAUCCUCAUGGAAUAUGAAGUAGACUUUUCUGAGUUCUCAGAUGAGGUAUUGGACUGCCUUCCCAAGACGUUACCCUGGAGCAUCCCACCUGAGGAGAUGCGCAGGAGGAGAGAUUUGAGGAAGGAGUGUAUCUUCACAAUAGACCCAUCUACAGCCAGAGAUCUGGAUGAUGCACUGUCCUGUCAACAGCUGCCAGAUGGUAACUUUGAGGUGGGAGUCCACAUAGCUGAUGUCAGUUAUUUUGUGGAGGAGGGCAAUGCUUUGGAUAUCACUGCCAGCAAGAGAGCCACUAGUGUAUACCUGGUUCAAAAGGUGAUCCCCAUGUUGCCCCGACUGCUGUGUGAGGAGCUGUGCAGUCUGAACCCUCUGUCAGACAGACUUACUUUCUCUGUCAUUUGGAAAAUCACUCCGGAGGGAAAGAUUCUUAGUGAGUGGUUUGGCCGCUCGGUGAUCCGCUCCUGCGUGAAGCUGAGUUACGACCACGCCCAGAGCAUGAUCGAGGCCCCUGACAAGUUGUUUUCAGCUGAAGAAUUGCCACCCGUGGACCCUGAACACCCCAUUGAUGAGAUCCACCAGGCCGUGCUCAAUCUGCACUCUAUUGCCAAAAACCUCAGAGCUCAACGCUUCUCAGGAGGAGCACUCAGACUAGACCAGAUGAAACUGUCUUUCACCUUGGACAAAGAGAGCAUGAUGCCUCAAGGCUGUUAUGUUUACGAGUACAGAGACAGUAACAAGCUGGUGGAGGAGUUCAUGUUACUGGCUAACAUUGCCACAGCACAUCACAUCUACAAAAGUUUCCCAGAGUUGGCUCUACUCAGAUGUCACCCUCCACCGAAAACCAGGUUGGUGGAUGAGCUGCAGGAGCUGUGUGACCAGCUGGGCAUUAACGUUGACCUGUCGUCUGCAGGAGCACUGAAUAAGAGUCUCAAUACCAUCCUUGGCAACGAUGAGUACUCCAGUGCCAGAAAAGAAGUUCUCACCCACAUGUGCUCCAGACCCAUGCAGAUGGCGUUGUACUUCUGCACUGGUGUUGUAAAGGACGAACUGCAUUUUAAACACUACGCCCUCAACGUUCCUCUCUACACACACUUCACUUCACCAAUCAGACGCUACCCUGACAUUAUUGUCCACCGGCUGCUGGCUUCUUCACUCCGUUGUGGGCCUCAGUUAGGACUAACAACUGAACAAGUCCAGAAACAAGCAUCUCACUGUAAUGACAGGAAGACUGUGUCCAAGAGGGUUCAGGAGCUCAGCACUGACCUGUACUUUGGAGUGUUUGUAAAGGAGUGUGGUCCUCUGGAUUCUGAGGCCAUGGUCAUGGGGGUCCUGGAUCAGUCCUUCGAUGUGCUCAUUCUUCGCUACGGAGUGCAGAAGCGCAUUUACUGCAAGAAUUUAGAGCCAGACCUUAACAAUUUUCAUCAUCGUAAAGUGGGGAAGACAUCAGAACUCACUCUGGUGUGGAAACCAAAAGACCUGGACGAACCUCCAGUAGAACAGGUCAUCUCACUCUUCACCUUAGUGGAAGUGCAGCUCAAAGCUGACGGCGGACCCCUGAAGUACACCGCAGUGCUCAAGAAGCCCGAUGAUGGCGGAUCAUAAAGGGAUGUGCUUCCAAGGACAUAAAACUUGAAGGAAAGAGUGAAAUUGCACAUUUUCUCUGACUAAUUCAUUGAUUUGGCACAUUAUUCUAUAGUAAUAGAUUUGAUUGUUUUUAGUUAAAAUCGCUCAGACCUGAGUCGGAGUUGAGCGGAAAGUUCCACUUUGAGUUCUAGUCUGGAAUUGAAGGCUCAUACCACAGUUUUUUUUUUUUUCUUGUUUUUUUUGUUUUAGUCAUCUUAAUACAAACUGUUGAAUAUCAAUGUCCAGAGCAUCAGUUUUUAGAAUUUAACCUGAAACUGUGGUGCCUUCCCUCUUUCUUUGGUCCUUCAUUAAUUACUCUAAUGCAUAUCAGUCAAUACUUUAUACUUUAAAGCUUCAGUGUUAGGUAUUGAAGUAAGGAAAUACUGUCUAUGUUGAAUUAAAAAAACUGGACCAGAACACUGGGGAGAAGUAGAUAUCAGGCAUCAGCUUUAGAGCUUUCAUUAGUGUAUGAACUAACUCAUGGACAGACAGACUUCCUUUGUCAUGAUAGUGUCAGUGUGGAUUUCCAUCUGAAUUUUGGCCCAGGUCUGACUGAAGAAACAGCAAUGAGUUGAUUUUAGCUCUGGAUUUAUUGAUCUAAUGAGGUCAGUGUUGGCGCGAGAUAACUGUUGUACACAGUCUAAUCUGUGAAAACCUAAUUUUUAAAAACUAUUUUCAGUUGAAGAAAUACUAUGACUGGCUUCCAUAUUGUGGACCGAGGACACAUUGUUAUGUUUAUGAAGCAAUAGAUUAUAUCAAACUGGAGAACUGUAUUUUCGAACUUGCAAUAGAGGCUGCUAUGGAACUCCAACCUGUCGUAUCACAGUUAAACUUAAUGUCUUGAACAGUGAAAAUGUAGCAGUAGUAUCAGGGUAAAAGCUUUGAUACCAUCAGAUUCACAAAGCAAGCAGAAGAAUAGCUGUAGGUUGUUAUCCAUGACUAUUAGAUUGCUCUCUGUACUGUUUGUAUGUACUGUUUUUAUCAGGGAAGUCUUUGGAUUUUUCUGCGUGGCCAGUCUUGUAGCUCUAGAGCCUCUUCACAUUGUUAAAAGUUUAGUUUUCAUGUGAUUUUAAGCUACUAAAAUAAGACCUCAUAGAUCUAAUAUAUUGUUUUAGUUUAUCUAAUGUACUUGUAUUUAAUGUACAAGUCAAGCCAAAGUGUAAUAUCUUUUCAACUCAGUUUUAUUGAUUUUACACAACACGGGAAUGACUUGAAAGUGGAAUGGCUGCUGAAUAUACACUAGUUGGUGGCCUCGGGAUCUUGAUGUAUUUUAUGUUUGCUCAUUUGUUUGAGUGCUUCUGGUUGUUUGCUUUUUUUUUUUUUUUUUUAAUUCCCAACCUUGAUUUGUGCAUAAAAUGUGAAUUUCAAGUUUAAUCUAAAUAAGUGAAUAUUCUGCACAGCUGCACAUUUUAAAAUAACUUUGGGUAUAUUUUUUUGCUUUAUAUCUUUAUAGUCACUGUGCCUUCCUUCAGUUCUAACUCAGUCUGAUGUUGGUUCAUGAGUGCCAUGUGGUGUGAAAAAUUUAGCUGCUAUUUUUUUUUUUUUUUUUUUUUUUUAGGUUUUUUAGGCUUUUCUGAUUCAUUUUUUUUAAGACCACCAGCUAAUGUUUUUAAGUUAUGCUAUUUUACAUGGGAAUAACUUUAAAUCACAGCUUUAAAUGUAUUUUAAACAGCAAGUGCAAAACAAUUGUAUUGACUGAGGAUGUGUUUCUAUGAGUAGUGUUUAAAAAAACAAAAAUGUAAAUCUAGUCAAGUCAGAGGAAACCUGAGAACGAGCAUCUGUCACGUUGUCACGUACAAACUAAUUCUGGUAUUUAAAGUGCAUUUUUACUCUGUUGUACUACCAUACACAGCAAUAGACAGUUGUGUGUUGUCUCCGGUUAAAUAAACUACACACAUGAAGUGGACU